AUGGCGUCUAAUUCAGAGGAUUCGUUUCACGAGGCGAUUAAGUUCUCUUUGGAAAAACUUGGCAAACCAGACCUGGAACUAAAGAGGGAACAAUUUGACGCCAUAAGGGCUGUCUGUGUUGAAAGAAAGGACGUUUUAGCCGUAUUGCCGACGGGUUUUGGUAAAUCUUUAAUUUAUCAAAUUUUGCCUGCAAUAUUUGAUUUCCUUCGAAGCAGAGGGGACAAGCAAGAAGAAAACUCUGUCGUUAUAGUUGUUUCUCCUCUUAAUGCCUUAAUGAAGGACCAACUUAAAAAAUUAGAAGGAUUUUUAAAUGUCUGUGUCGUGCAAAGUGUGGAAGACGAGGAAGGAGAGAAUAAAGUAAAUUUGCCUCAAGAUGUGAGGAAAUGCAGUUUGUUGUUCGGUCAUCCUGAGGUUUUUGUUGACCACAAGAACACCGCGAAAAUGCUUAAAGAGAAGCAUUUCCAAGAAAGUGUUCAGGCGAUAGUAAUCGAUGAGGCGCACCUAGUUCAACAAUGGUUAGUGUACUUUAGCUUAAUCACACAUUUAAGCUUAUAUAUGAACGUUAUUAACAAAUAAUAUAAAUAAUAACAUAAAAUAGUUAUCUAAUAAAGACUAAAAGUCGGACACUAUUUUCCACACUAUUUUAAAUGAAGCCAAUUAAAAUUAAUAACAAGUUACAGAUUUUUUUAUAGAAUAGUAAACAUGCGUACUAUAUUAAAAUCUUAUUUAUCUGUCAAUAAAUCUUCUAUUUUAAUAUGUACAUAUAAGAUAUAACCCUUAAGCUUCUUAAAAGUUUUAGUCACAAUAUAGCUUGGAUUUUAAUACUGAAUUUUGAAGUGAAAGUUGAUCUUAUUUAAAAAAGUAAUAUAGUUGUUCCUUCUUGUCCUGUGCCAUUCAUACAGGAACUGAACUGGCUUAUAAUGUUGAUAUAGUUUUGAAAAUACAUGUUUCCACUGGUCCCUUCUGUAGUAGAUAACAACAACAUUUUGUUGCACCAAUAACAAGAAAAUAAAGCUAGUUUUAAUGUGCAAGGUAUAAGCUUAUUAAUAUUAUCUCAGUGAGUCUGGCUUCCUGGCUUAACUUAAUUUAAUUACAGUACUCUUAUUAUUAUUAUAUACAGUAGUGCUGUAAUUAAAUUAUGCCAGGAAGCCAGAGUCACUGAGAUAAUUAUAAAAAAAGAUUUUGCUAAAGAUUACGUGAAUUUUCUUUCAAUAAGGGCUUUUCCCUUUUGUAUUUAAGGUCCACAUUCAGGCCAGCAUAUGGGAAGAUUGGGUUUCUAACCAAUUUGUUCCCCUUAGUACCAGUUGUGGCCCUGACAGGAACAGCAACAAGUGCCACUAAAUGUAGCAUAGUGGAAACAUUGGGGCUUUCAAAUCCAAAAAUUGUUGAAAGUAACCCAAACAGAGCAAACAUUUACUAUGCAUCGCACACUCGUCCUGACAGAGGUGAUGAGAAACUUGAUUCAAUUUUGGAACCCAUAGUUGCUGAGUUGAAAGCCUAUAAGGUAAAGAUGCCCCUUACGUUGAUUUAUGGAAGCCUCGAAACUAUUUCCGACUGCUUUUUGUAUUUUAGCACAAAGAUGGGUAAAGAUCAAUUUUAUCCGCCCAAUGCUGAACCCUUGGCCAAAAACAGGUUGUUUACCCAAUAUCAUGCCCAAUAUCCCAAAAGUGAACGCUCUAGGAUUGUGGAGGAAUUAGUACAGGGCACUUCAACCCAUCGUGUUCUUUUUGUAACCAUUGCUUUUGGACUAGGUAUUGACUGUAAUGACAUUCGAAGAGUUGUACACAUUGGGGUGCCAUACUCAAUGGAAGAUUAUUGUCAAGAAGUGGGCAGAGCUGGGAGAGAUGGUCUACCUGCCAGGGCUGACAUAUAUUAUAACUCAUAUGACAUCUCCAGAUCACGAAAAAAUAUGACAGAUGUGAUGAGAAACUACGUUAAGUCAAAAGAAUGUAAAAGAAAAAUGAUUCUAAAUUAUUUUGAUCAUAAAGUUCCUUCCACCCAAGGACCAGCACAUAUGUGCUGUGAUUUUCACAGUGCUCAGUGUGCUUGUGAUGACUGCCUAUUGGCAAGAGCUGCAGAUGACAUGGACUGUGUAGAUACCAGGUACCCUGAUCAACCAUGUGAUUCUUCAAGAGAUCAGUCAGAUAAUGAGCCAACUCCUUUGUUCAGUGAGGGUAUUCAAGCAGAAAUCAAGAAAGACCUUAUAAAUUACAGA